GAGUUCCUCCCAGUCCGACAGACAGCGGAUCAAAGAGCGCGAGAGCCGCCAACAAAGCGCCGAAAAAGAGUAAAAAACCAACAGAAAACAAGAAGAAGAAGAAGAAGGAAAGAUGGUGGCCAAGCAGAGGAUCCGCAUGGCGAACGAGAAACACAGCAAGAACAUCACGCAGAGAGGAAACGUGGCCAAGUCCACGAGGACCCUGGUGGACGAUAAAGGAGUGGGGCCCUGGCUGCUCGCCCUCUUCAUCUUUGUCGUCUGUGGAUCAGCCAUCUUUCAGAUCAUCCAGAGCAUCAGGAUGGGCAUGUAGAAUGACGUCACAAGAGGGGGCGGGGCCAGCUCAAAGACGCCGACCGGAGCUGUGAGCUGAUGUCAGCGGACUGCCCCGCCCUGAACAGAAGCCUCAAAACAUUCCUGAACUCUGACAGAAACAAGCCACGCCCACACGACAAGCCACGCCCCUUACACCCACCUCUUAUCUGUUGACUCUGCUGCUGACCUUCUCACGCUGUGUCAGUUCACCCUGUGCCUUUUCUGUUUACCUGAGCUAAGCUCCGCCCCCACUGGGUACACCUUAUCAGUGGGGGGUUCACAGUCCGACUUGCUCAGGUAAACAGUCCCAGCUGAUCCGGACUUUCAGGAAGGAAGGUGUGAAGAUUCUGACAGGUGUGUCUGCACUGUGUGCAGCACCUGAACAUUCCUGUUUGUUAAAUAAAGUUUCAACACGAACAAUCUG